AUGUCGCACUUUCUACAUCGUUGUCCUGCUCUAUCCAGAGUAAUAGCCACCAAAUACCAGACCUUCGAUGUGGACAUCAAAUUUCCUUUGCGUCAAAAUUUAGGAUUGCAUUCUUCAACAUUAAACGUGGUAGUUAAGCUAGCCAUGGCAAUAAUGGUGGUGACAUGCAUCUGCAGCAUUGGAAGUGGUAUCUGCAGCAUAAAACCAACGCAAGAUCUUAAUGCGCGUCUAAUAAAGAUCGACGUCUGCUUGCAUUCUUUUUCGAAUUUCAAAGUGGAUCGCAUCACAUCCAGAAUAAUGGCCACAAUUCCGUUAUUUCUAAUUUCUGCACUAAUAGAAACCACCAUCAUUCAGUAUUUCCUAUUUUAUGGACUUUUCUUUGUAAUGCUGGGAUUCCAUGUUUUAUAUUGCAACACCGCCCUUGGACUUGGUCGACGUUUUCAACGUUUGAAUACAAUGCUUAAAAGCAUUUACUUGCCAGAUGGGGAAAUCUACGAUGCAAUGAAGACGGAAACUCCAGAGCGUAUGAACACUGAACCAUUGCCUAAAAAAAAUUUCGAUAAAACCCAUGUUGACCUAUUAAAAUCAUUUGCCGAUAACUACGAAUCAUUGGGCAAGUGUGUGGAAAUUUUUUCAAACACCUACGGCAUACCUAUGGUCUUCGUCCUGGCAUCCUGCGUCAUGCACAUCGUGGUCAAUGCAUAUUUUCUAUUCUUAGCGUCAGUGGAUAAAAAUAUUACUUGUCUUGUGUGCGAUCAGGCGAUGUGGAUUGUUUUGCAUGUACUCAAACUGCUGUUAGUAGUGGAAUCGUGCCACAUGGCAAACGCAGAGUCCAAGAAAACCAUUGCAAUUAUGUCCGAAAUCAGGCGUACCUUUAAUGAGCCGCUACUGGCAGUGGAGAUAGAAAAGUUUUUGCACCUGUUACUGGCCAUUGAUGUAGAAUACUCGGCGCUGGGUCUCUGCGCAAUCAAUAGAAACCUGUUGACGUCGGUUAGUUCAACAAUCGCCACGUAUCUUGUUAUUUUAAUACAAUUCCCAGAAGUCAAGGAAAAAUUUACACCGGAAUUAUUUAAAGGGGUAGUGGAAAAAGAGCAUUGA